AUUAGUUUCCAAACAGGCGGGCUGAGGUAGAGGCUGCUUGUACUCCACACAGUACAACACAGUCUCAGGGAUUUACUCAUUCAAGGCCUCUUCCUCUCAGCCAGCUCCAGCUCCAGGACCAUGGCACAACCGACCACCAUUGAUCCCACAAAGAUGGGAGUGGGUCGGGCAAUCGCCGUGCUGACCUCUGGAGGCGAUGCCCAGGGUAUGAACGCAGCUGUGAGGGCCACAGUUCGAGUGGGACUUUACACUGGAGCCAAAGUGUACUUUGUCCAUGAGGGUUACCAGGGUCUGGUGGAUGGAGGGGACAACAUCCGACCUGCCACUUGGGAGAGCGUAUCAAUGAUGCUGCAGCUGGGUGGAACUGUAAUUGGUAGCGCCCGCUGUCAGGAUUUCCGCACCAAGGAGGGACGCGCCAAAGCUGCCUGUAACUUGGUCAAGCUGGGCAUCACCAACCUGUGUGUGAUUGGAGGUGACGGCAGUCUGACAGGUGCCAACCAGUUCAGAACAGAAUGGAGCGAGCUGCUGGCAGGCCUGGUUAAAUCUGGUAAGAUCACGGCAAAUGAGGCCAAGAGUUCCUCCCACCUCAAUAUUGUUGGUAUGGUGGGCUCCAUUGACAAUGACUUCUGUGGAACCGACAUGACCAUCGGUACUGACUCCGCCCUGCAUCGCAUCAUCGAGAUAGUGGACGCCAUCACCACCACAGCGCAGAGCCACCAGAGGACCUUCAUCCUGGAAGUAAUGGGCAGGCACUGUGGAUACCUGGCUCUGGUUACAGCUCUGGCCUGUGGCGCUGACUGGGUGUUCAUCCCAGAGAUGCCCCCUGAUGAUGGAUGGGAGGAGCAUCUGUGCAGGAGACUAACAGAUCAAAGAGGCCGUGGCUCCCGUUUGAAUAUUAUCAUUGUUGCAGAGGGAGCGAUUGACCGCAAGGGUAACCCUAUCACCUGCGAUGAUGUUAAACAACUGGUAUCGAAGAAGCUCGGCUUUGACACUCGCACCACCAUCUUGGGCCAUGUACAGAGAGGAGGAACGCCCUCUGCGUUUGAUAGAAUCCUGGCGAGUAGGAUGGGUGUGGAGGCUGUUAUGGCUCUACUGGAAGCUACACCCGACACUCCUGCUUGUGUGGUCAGCUUGUCUGGAAACAUGGCUGUCAGGCUGCCUCUCAUGGAGUGUGUGCAAGUGACUAAAGACGUCACGGUAGCAAUGGCUGAGGGUCGGUUUGAAGAUGCAGUGAAGCUCAGGGGAAAGAGCUUUGAAAACAACUGGAACACUUACAAAAUGCUGGCUCAUGUGCACAUCCCAGAUACAAAGAGUAAUAUCAACAUCGCCAUACUGAACGUUGGAGCUCCGUGUGCAGGAAUGAAUGCUGCGGUGCGUGCAACUGUCAGGACCGGCCUCCUCCAGGGCCACCACAUGCUGGCAGUGCACGACGGCUUCGAUGGUUUGGCUCAUGGAAUGAUUGAACCCAUUAGUUGGUCUGGAGUGGCAGGAUGGACUGGAAAGGGAGGCUCCAAUCUUGGCACAAAGAGAUCACUGCCACAAGAGUGGAUGGAGGAGAUCAGCCUGAACAUCACUAAGUUCAACAUUCAUGCUGUUGUUAUCAUUGGAGGCUUUGAGGCAUUCAAAGGUGGUCUGCAGCUGGUCCAAGCUAGAGAGAAAUAUGAGGAGCUGUGUAUUCCAAUUGUUGUUGUCCCUGCUACUGUGUCCAACAAUGUCCCUGGAUCAGACUUCAGCAUUGGCACUGACACUGCCCUCAACACCAUCACCACGACGUGUGACAGGAUCAAGCAAUCUGCUGCUGGCACGAAGAGAAGAGUGUUCAUUGUUGAGACUAUGGGAGGAUACUGCGGUUACCUGGCAACCAUGGCUGGGUUAGCAUCUGGGGCCGAUGCUGCCUACAUUUAUGAGGAGCACUUCAACAUUCAUGACCUCGAGGUGAAUGUGGAACAUCUGGUGGAGAAGAUGAAGACCACAGUGAAGAGAGGACUCAUUCUGAGAAAUGAGAAUUGCAAUGCAAACUACACAACUGACUUCAUCUUCAACCUGUACUCAGAGGAGGGCAAGGGUGUGUUUGACUGCAGAAAGAACGUACUUGGACAUAUGCAGCAGGGUGGAACCCCCAGUCCAUUUGACAGGAAUUUUGGGACAAAGAUGGGAAUCAAGUCUGUCCUUUGGCUAACUGACAAGCUGAAGGAAUGCUACAGACACGGUCGCAUCUUCGCAAAUUCUUCAGAUUCUGCCUGUGUGUUGGGAAUGAAGAAGAGAUCUUUGGUUUUCCAGCCUCUGGCAGAACUUGCAGAACAGACUGACUUUGAGCACCGUAUUCCAAAGAUACAGUGGUGGUUAAGGCUGAGGCCCAUCCUGAAAAUCCUGGCCAAGUACAAGACCAACUUGGACACCUCCGAAAAGGCUGCAAUGGAACAUGUCAUCAAGACCAGAGGCUUAGUCUCUAAGUAGUCUUUCUAUGUAAUUUUUCAGGACAGGAUGUGAACUGACUGUCUUAUUUUAAAGCACUUUGCAAACUCUGUGCAAUAUAAAUAAAGCUUCUAAUUAAAACAAAA